UCUUUGGUAACACACACACGAGGAACCAACAACAAACAAGCAAAGCAAAGUCAUUGCCGUGUUUGACCUGAACUCAAACAGGAACACAACCUUUUUGGCUUAUACUCUCUCACACGACACAAAUUACACGCCAAUCAAUCUUAAAUCUCAGAUUUCACUUCUUGUCUCUCAUUUUUCCUUGUUAAGCAAUCUAUCUAUUUCUAUUUCUAUAUGCAGCUGAUCGAUCUACUUCUUCCUCUUUUUUCCUUAUUGUCAAAGUAAGAAAACACACAAACAUGAGAAGAGUUAAUAAUAGAAAUGAUGGAAGAGAUUCCAACAACACUUUAGAUACUAUAAACGCUGCUGCUUUUGCUAUAGCUUCUUCCCAUGAUCGUCUUCAACCUUCUACUGCUACUAAUCAGAAGAAAAAAUGGGGAAACUGGUUGAACAUAACCGGGUGUUUCGGCUAUCAGAAAAACAACCGAAAGCGGAUCGGGCAUGCUGUUCUUGUUCCAGAAACAACACCUACUGGAGCAGAUGCUGCUGCUAAUGCUGUUAGUUCAACAGCUCAAGCACCACCAAGUAUAACACUUCCCUUCAUUGCUCCUCCUUCAUCUCCUGCAUCAUUCUUCCAAUCUGAACCUCCUUCAACCGCACAAUCACCGGUCGGUAUAUUAUCCAAAACUUCUGUAUCUGCAAGCAUGUACUCACCUGGUGGCCCUAACUCAAUCUUUGCCAUCGGCCCUUACGCACACGAAACACAAUUGGUUUCUCCGCCUGUUUUCUCGGCUUCUUCAACAGCUCCUUUCACUCCACCUCCUGAGUCUGUCCACUUGACCACGCCUUCUUCACCUGAAGUUCCGUUUGCUCAACUAUUUGACUCCAACAGUAGAAAUUCAGAGACAUAUCAGAGGCUCCAAAUAUCUCACUAUGACUUCCAAAAUUAUCAGUUUCAACCCGGUAGCCCAGUUGGUCCACUGAUAUCACCAAGAUCCGCGAUCUCGGGCACCUCAUCUCCUUUGCCUGAUGAGUUUAAAAAAUUAGACACUGCAAAGCUUCUUCACUUGGAUAAGCUUUCAAUUUAUGGUAAACAGAAGUCGAGCCAAAGUUCCGGGUCUAUAACCCCAGAUGCUGUAAAGGCCACUACUACUCAGGCUGGUUUUUUCCCAAAUCAUUGGGUUUCUGAUAUCAAAAUUUCACCUUGCCCAAGCAAUAAUCACCGGAAUGAGACUAGUGUAAAUCAUAGAGUCUCAUUUGAAUUAUCGGCUCAAAAAGCAUCGUCCUCUGUGGAAAACAAGCCACCAGCAUCAUCACAAUGGACUAAAGUCCUGUCAAAAUUUAAAAACGACGCAGCAGCAGCAGCAAAAACGACAGACAAAGAAGAGAAUCAUUCAAUAGAGAAUGAGUGUGAUGAUAAACAAGUUGUCACAGAAACUCUUAUUGAUACAACGAAGCAAAGAAAAGCCGCUGAAGCAACAGUUGACGAGAAGGAUCAUCAGUCUUUAACCCUUUCUUCUUCUUCCACAAAAGAAUUCAAUUUUGCUAAUGCAGAAGGAGGAGAUUCUCCUGCACCAAAUAUAGUUGCUGAUUGGUGGGCUAAUGAGAAAGUUGCAGGGAAUGAAAAUGCUGCCUCAAAGGAUUGGUCUUUCUUCCCAAUUAUUCAACCUCAUGUUAGCUAGCACGUAAAGGACGAACAUAUUACACAGUGGCUUCUUUUUCACAUAAUUUGACAAUGGUUUUAAAUUUUGUGCUGUGUUACAACUUGUCAAGAGCCAACAGCAACACCUGCUGAAUUGAGUUGGGAAAUCUAACACAGUGAUGGCUUGGGGUUUGUAUUUUGAACACAAUGACCCUGGAAGCAAUAGUUAGUUUGAAUAAUUUGUGUUUAGGAGCUUCUUUUUCCACCCCGCAUGGGACAAAGUGUGGUUUUAAAGUUCCUUUUGUAUUUCUGUAGUUCUUACAAUGUUUGGAUUAGAAAUACCUGUAUGUACAUAUUAGUGUUUGUACCUUAUCUUCUGUUGAUUUUAUAUGUAGUUUUAUUUGCAAUAGAAGGAAGAUUAUAAGUCAA